AGAAAAUGCUCUAUAAUGUAUUCCCAAGAAUAAUGGAUUUCAUUCCUGGACCUCAUAAAACACUCUUUACUAACUGGGAAAAUCUGAAAUUAUUUGUUGCUGAAAUGAUUGAAAACCACAAGAAAGAUUGGAAUCCCAAUGAAACAAGAGACUUUAUCGAUGCUUAUCUCAAGGAACUGGAAAAGCAUAAAGGAGACACUACCUCCAGCUUUAAUGAAGAAAACUUCAUCUGCACCACCCUGGAUCUCUUCUUGGCAGGAACUGAGACAACUUCAACAACACUGCGCUGGGCUCUGCUUUACAUGGCCCUCUACCCAGACAUCCAAGAAAAAGUGCAUGCUGAGAUUGACAAAGUCAUUGGACAGAUGCAACAGCCAACCAUGGCCCUCCGAGAAUCCAUGCCCUACACUCUUGCAGUGGUCCAUGAGGUGCAAAGAAUGGGCAACAUCAUUCCAUUGAAUGUGCCCAGAGAAUUGGCAGCCGACACUACCCUGGGUGGAUAUUACCUGCCCAAGGGGACCCUGCUCAUGACCAAUCUGACUGCAUUGCACAAUGAUCCUGCAGAGUGGGCCACACCUGGUACGUUUAAUCCAGAACAUUUUCUGGAGAAUGGACAGUUUAAGAAGAGAGAAGACUUCCUGCCUUUCUCCAUAGGAAAGCGUGCUUGCCUUGGAGAGCAGUUGGCUAGGACUGAACUGUUCAUUUUCUUCACUGCACUUAUGCAGAAAUUCACCUUCAGACCCCCAGACAAUGAGAAGUUGACCCAGGAGUUCAGAAUUGGAAUUACCAUUUCCCCUGUCAAAUAUAGAAUUUGUGCUAUUCCUAAGAUAUAG